UGGACUUGUCGCUUCUGUGCUGUGUAGCACAAAUAACUCCAAGGAUGGAGAAGGAACGGGGUUUACUUGGUUUCCUUGUUCUUUCAUUAUGUUUUCUUGUCACCAAUGGCCAAAAAUUUGUCUGCACACAGGAGGCAAUGGCUGACAUUGUAUUCCUGGUGGACAGCUCUGCCAGCAUUGGCCUGGAAAACUUCCAGAAAAUCCGUGAAUUCCUCUCCUCACUAGUACAGAACUUUGAAGUUGCUCCUGAUAAAGUCCAGAUCGGUCUGGUGCAGUACAGUAACACUCCACGUACUGAGUUUUUCCUCAAAACAUAUCAGAACAAAGAGGACAUUCUCAACAACAUCCAGAAGCUGCAUUAUAAAACUGGUGGGACAUACACAGGCAAGGGUUUGGAGUUCUUGCUGAAACAACACUUUGUUGAGGAGGCAGGAAGUCGAGCCCAGCACAGUGUUCCACAGAUUGCCAUUGUUAUCACAGAUGGUAAAUCUCAAGAUGAAGUUGAGGCACAUGCUCAGGAGCUGAAGCAAAGGGGAAUCAAAAUGUACGCCAUAGGAAUCAAAGACGCAGAUGAGACCUUACUGAGACAGAUUGCAAAUGAGCCGUAUGAUCAGCAUGUCUUCAGCGUAGAAGACUUCGCAGCUCUGCAGGGAAUCUCUCAGAGUAUUAUCCAUGAAAUAUGUACCAUUGUAGAGGAAGCACACAAAGAGGUCAUCUUGGCAACAAAAGGCUGCUAUGAAACUGCUCAGGCGGACAUUGUGCUCCUUGUCGACUCAUCUAGUAGCAUUGGAGACACAGACUUUGAAGAAGUGAGGGAGUUCCUUCAUGCAUUUGUGGACAGAUUUAACCUUAAAACGGGCAAGGUGAGAGUUGGACUUGCCCAGUUCAGUGACAAACCGUACCAAGAGUUCCUGCUGGGUGACUAUUCAGAUAAGCAAGACCUGCACCAGAAGUUGGAUAAUAUCAUCUACCGAUAUGGAGACCCCAACACUGGUCAGGCUCUGACUUUCAUACAUGAAAAAUACUUCAGUCUGGCCAGGACGACUGUCCCUCGUAUUGCCAUCAUCCUCACUGCUGGGGAAUCAAAUGAUGAUGUUGAGGAACCUGCACAGAAACUACGAAACCAGGGAGUUAAAAUCUUUACCAUUAGGAUCGGGAUGGGCAAUGUUGAAAAAUUGCGCACCAUUGCUAACAUCCCACAUGAGGAGUUCUUAUUUAGUAUUGACAGCUAUCAAGAUCUACUAGGUUUAAAAGAGAGUCUACGCAACAAAGUAUGCUUUACCAUGGAUGACCAAUUACUAGCUUUUGUUCCCAAAUUUGCUGAUCUCUUCAUACUGGUUGAUAGUUCAGCAUCUAGAUCAGAGGCACAAACGAUAAAGAAUUUUCUCUUAAAAUUGGUCAACCAGCUGAAGGUGGGAAAUAAUGCUAUUCGUGUUGGCCUGGCUCAGUUCAGCGAAAAUGUCAAGGAGGAAUUCCUCUUCAAUACCAAUAAGACCAAGACUGAGAUUCUGACUUCCAUUCGCACCCUCCAGUUCAGGCCUACAGGGCAGCGUAGAAUUGGCAAUGCAAUUGAACAUGCUCACACUCAUUUCUUCAACACUAAUGCGGGAAGCCGUAUCUCUGAAGGCUUUAAGCAGUUCCUGUUAGUCAUCGCAGCAGGAGCAUCUGCAGAUGGUGUCGUCCAAGCAGCCCGUACAAUCAAAAAUGAUGCAGUGACAGUCUUUGCGGUUGCCUUGGGAAAAGCUGAAGCAGAUGAGAUGGAUUACAUCUCUAGUCAACCACACAGCUACCAGUUAGUAGGUAACAUGGUGCAAGUGCAACAGAAAAUCAAGGCUGCCAUUGAAGCAACGGAAGACCUUACAGUCACAGCAGAGUGCAUGUUGGACGCGGUGGCUGAUAUUGUGUUCAUCGUUGAUCAGUCCAGCAGUAUCAGAUCCAAAAACUUCCAACUUGUGCGCAACUUCCUCGAGAACACCAUCAGAGGUCUUGACAUGGGCAAGGGAAAAAUAAAGGUAGCUGUUAUUCUCUACAGCGACAUCCCUCGAGCUGAUGUUUACUUGAACACCUUCAAUGAAAAGACCGAUAUCCUGCGCUACAUUAGGAGUAUGUCAUAUGGACGUGGUACAACACACACCGGAGCUGCUCUCAGGUUUGCCAAAGAGCAGGUUUUCACCAAAGCGAGAGGCAGCAGAAGAGAUGAACAUGUUCAGCAGAUAGCUGUUGUUAUCACUGAUGGAAAGUCCACAGACGAUGCAGCCAGUGCGGCAGCAGCAUUGCGGCGAUCUGGCGUCACUGUAUACGCGUUUGGUAUAAAAGACACCAAAUUGAAUGAUUUGAAAGAGAUUGCAUCCUACCCACACAAGAAAUUUGUGUUCAAUGUGGAACGCUUUGAUAAACUCAAUUCAUUUGCAAAGAUUUUAACCAAAAGACUGUGCAAUGAUAUUGCAUACAGCCCUAUACUUAGAAGCGGAUUCGGUGCAGUUCAACAAGGAUGCAAGCUAACGGAAGAAGCUGACAUCUACUUUCUGCUUGAUGAAUCUGGAAGUAUAUCCUAUAGUGACUUUGAUGAUAUGAAGAAGUUCAUUUCAGAGUUCCUUGAAGUGUUUGAGAUUGGGCCGAACAAUGUGCGCAUUGGUGUGGUGAAGUUUGCAAGCCAGGCAACUGUAGUUUUCCAGUUAAACACUUAUAGCACAAAAGAUGAUGUUAAAAAGGCUGUGGCGGACCUGAUUAUGUAUGGUGGUGGCACAAGGACCGAUCGAGGGUUGUACGAAAUGAUCCCAUUGUUCAAAGUAGCUGCAAACACACGUGGGGAGAAAGUCCGUGAGCUGCUGAUUGUAAUCACAGAUGGCAAGUCAGAAGCUGGAAGCACUUCAGUUGAUAUCCCUGCUGAAGAGUUGAGGAAACAGAAUGUCACUAUUUAUGCUAUUGGUGUGAAAUAUGCAUCUAUGCCAGAGCUGGAAUUGAUAUCGGGGAGCAAAAAAAGAACUUAUUUUGUCAAAAACUAUGAUUCCUUGAAGCACAUCAAGGGAGAAAUCCUUCAAGAAAUAUGUUCCUUUGAAGCUUGUGAUGGUCUUUUGGCGGAUGUUGUCUUCCUGAUCGAUGGCUCAGAAACUACUAAUGCUGAGGACUUUAACAAGACUAAGGAAUUGUUGGAGUUUAUGGUGGAUAAUUUCGCAAUUGGUCCAGACAAGGAGCGUGUUGCCGUUGUUCAGUACAGCAUCAAUUCAAAUGAGGAGUUUUCCUUAAAUGAAUUUGAUGAUAAAAAGAGAUUGCUUCAGGAAAUUAGAAAUCUCAGACAGAUAUAUGGGAAAACAUACACUGGAAAAGCUCUCACAGAAGUAUUGCAGUCUUUCAGUGUGAACAAGGGAGGACGCUCCAAAGCUUUCAAAUUCUUGAUAGUUCUUACAAAUGGAGAGAGUAAGGAUGAGGUAGAAUUGCCUGCUGAAGUUCUGAGAGAGAAUUCCAUCCACAUUUACUCCAUCGGUAUGGGGUAUUCGAACAGAUCUCAACUGCUUGCCAUUGCUGGAUCCCAUGAAAGGAUGUUUGUUGAUGAAAACUUUGAUUCCCUGCAUAGAUUAGGCAGUGAGGUCCUUCUCAAGAUCUGCAACACUGAAUGCAAGAGACCUGAGCUGAUGGAUGUAAUCUUUCUUGUGGAUGCCUCUGGUAGACCCAAUAAAGAUGCUUUCCAAGAAAUGAAAAGCUUAAUGAUAAAUUUGGUGAGCAAAUCUGAGGUCGGGCAAAAACGGGUGCGUUUUGGCACCAUCGUCUACUCCAAAAGCCCUCAUUCUGAGUUCACCCUAAACCAGUACUACAGUAAGACUGCCAUUCAAAAGGCUAUCUCAAACCUCAAGUGUUCAGGGGGAUCCAGAAACACGGCCCAGGCCCUGCAAUAUGCACUCUCUUACUUUAGCGUUGUGCAUGGCGGGCGACGGGCAAGGAACAUUCCUCAAGUGCUGUUUUUGAUUACAGAUGGUCUGGUUGAAGAUCCUGCUGGUCUUGCAAAAUGGCCUGAAUCUCUGGCAGCUUCAGAAAUCAACUUAUUUGCUAUUGGUACAGCAGGAGCCCAGGAAGACGAGCUAAGGACGAUAGCGGGAAGCAAAGGAAGGGUACUGUAUGUGGAUAACUACAAUGACCUAAAUGGACUUCAAAAAACGAUCACGAGAGAGCUCUGUAAUCUAACCAAACCAGUUUGUGAGAAAGAGGUGGCAGAUCUUGUUUUUUUAAUAGAUGGAUCAGAGUCCAUCAAGAAACCAAGUUGGGAAAUUGUCAGAAAAACAAUAUCCGGCAUUGUGAAUGAGCUUGAUAUUGUUCCAGACAAAUGGCGGGUUGGUGUAGCCCAGUUCAGCGAUAUCUUCAUCGACCACUUUAACCUGGACACAUACAGUAGUUUAGCAGAAGUGGACAAAGUUAUUCUGAACCUUACACAACGAAAACAGGGCACAAAUACUUGGGCAGCUUUGAAAUCUAUUAAAAAUUACUUUACACCUGAACGUGGAUCCAGAAUAGCUGAGGGAGUCGCGCAGAAUCUUUUGCUGAUUACAGAUGGAGAAGCCAAUGAUGAGAAGGACUUGAAUGCGCUGGCUGAUCUCCGAGCCAAGAAUAUUGAAAUAUAUGUUAUUGGGGUUGGCAGUGAAAUAAGGAAAUCUGAGCUGCUUGAAAUCGCUGGAUCUCCUGAUCGGUUCCUCAUAGAGACUUUCGAAAGCCUUAAACUAAAGACAACGAUAAAGAAAGUGAUAAGCCUUCUCUGCACCUCUGACUCAUCAAUAGAUCCAAGAGAUUGCAGUAUUGACAUAGGUAUUGGGUUUGACGUGUCCAGUCGAACAAGUGCACAACCUCUGUUGAGACCUCAGGUGGAACCAUUGGUUACUGCAGCUAUUCAUCGGAUCUCCAUGAUGGGGAAUCUAUGCUGUGUCAGUGUGGACAAAAUUGAAACUAGGAUUGGCUACAGGCUAGUUUCUGGACAGGAUGGGAGUGUUCAGGAUGAUUUUGAUUUUGAUAAGUACAACGAGGAUGUGCUCAGGAAAGUGAUGUCAUUGCGACCUGCGGUGCCCCUGGCCUUCAAUGUGUUUCUAUUAGAUUCCUUCCGGGAAAAGUUUGCAUCUUCAAAUGCCAAGGCGAAGGUGUUUAUUCUCUUCACUGAUGGGUUGGAUGAUCGCAUUGAGCGUCUAAUCUUGAGUUCAGAUAGGCUUAAGCAAAGUGGGGUCAGCGCACUGUUGAUUGUGUCUUUGGAGGGAAUAAUGGACGUUCAACAUCUGGAAUUUGGCAGAGGUGUCGACUAUAUACAGCCACUGUCCAUCAACAUGCUGAAUAUAGGCAACACUCUUAUGAAACAGAUUGAAACAGUGGCUCUGCGAGAAUGCUGUGACGUUUCUUGUUCAUGCACUGGUCUUCCUGGACCACGAGGACCCCCUGGACGCCUGGGUCAAAAGGGCUCCACAGGUCAGAAAGGCUAUCCUGGAUUUCCUGGAGAUGAGGGGAGUGUGGGUGAGCGAGGAUCUCCAGGGUUGAAUGGAACGCAGGGACUUAAUGGUUGCCCUGGAAACCGAGGAAUCAAGGGUCAGCGAGGCUACACAGGAAACAAAGGAGAAGAUGGGGAGGACGGGCUGGAUGGUGUUGAUGGAGAACAGGGUGAUGCUGGCCUUCAUGGGCUUCCAGGACCUAAAGGAGACCUGGGUGGCGCUGGUUUAAAAGGUUUGAAGGGGAAUACCGGACCUAAGGGACACGGCGGUGUGAGAGGAGAUCCUGGGUCACCAGGAAUAGACAACAGAAUUCCGGGUCCAAAGGGUGAGAGGGGAUAUGCUGGACUCCCGGGUGACGAGGGGCCUGUUGGACCCCAGGGAAAACCUGGAGAUGCCGGUGAUCCUGGUGCUCCUGGAAGAAAAGGCCCACCAGGACUCCCGGGUGGUGAUUCAGAUAGUAAAGGAGAUGCUGGACAGCCAGGCACUCCUGGUUACCCUGGACAAGUGGGAGCAGCUGGCCGAAACGGGCCCAAAGGAGAAAAAGGUGGUCCAGGUGUACCUGGAAUUCAGGGUCCAUUUGGCCAGUCUGGGGUUAAAGGGUCAAAAGGCAGUUCAGGACCCAGAGGACCAAGGGGUCUACCAGGUGACAUCGGAAUCAAAGGAGAGCUGGGGCCAGAGGGAAUCAAAGGGCCACCGGGACAAGAUGGAAGAGAUGGAUUUGGCCCUGUUGGUUACAAAGGAUACAAGGGAAAUCCUGGAUACAUUGGCUUUCCUGGUUUACAGGGUGAUGAUGGUGCCAAAGGUUCAAGUGGAAGUAAAGGAUAUAAAGGUUAUCAAGGAAGACCAGGGAAUACUGGUGGUCCAGGUAAUCCAGGUGUCCCAGGAGAAAGAGGGAUGGAUGGACACAGGGGCAAUAAAGGACCUCCUGGAACCAGUCCAAUAGCUGAAUGUGAACUGAUCCAGUACAUCCGAAAAAACUGUGCUUGCUGUGCAGGUAGCAGUGCCCAGUGUCCAGUUUACCCCACAGAGCUGGUGGUAGCCCUGGACAUGUCUGCUGGCGUAACUUCUCAGGUGUUCGAGCGGAUGCGUUCUGCUGUUCUUUCUCUAUUGGAGAACAUUUCUAUUGCUGAGACAAACUGUCCUUGGGGAGCUCGGGUGUCUGUGAUCUCCUACAGCAGUGAGUCCAAGUACCUCAUCCGCUUCUCAGACUACCAUCAGAAGAAGCCCCUGCUGGAAGCCGUGAAUAUGAUUCCUCUGGAGAGAACCACAAAGACCAGGGACAUUGGACAAGCCAUGAGAUUUGUGGCACGGAACGUCUUCAAACGGGUACGAGAGGGUAGGCUCAUGAGGAUGAUUGCUGUGUUCUUUACAAAUGGACCAUCGAGGGGUACAUCAAGCAUCACCACGGCCAUGUUGGAGUUCAAGGCGGCAGACAUUGGCCUCGGAGUGAUCGCUUUAAGUCCUGCUGAUGAAAUUCGCAGAGCAAUGCAGGUUGACGAUACAGGAAGCUACAUCAUUGUUGAUGGAGGAGGAGUCAAACGCAUUAAACAGUGUGUCAUUUGUUUUGAUCGUUGUAACCCAGACCCAACUUGUGGUGUAAUCCUGCAGCCAGAACCCCUGCAAAUGGAUUUGGACCUGUCUGUCCUACUUGAUGGGUCUGAUAAUCUGAACACUCAACAGUAUUUAGGAGUGAAGGAGCUUGUACUUUCUCUGUUGGAUGAGAUCGAUGUGAGCAAUGACCCUGUCAGAGCGGACGGCAAAACCAGGGUGGCCGUCUACCAGCAGAGUUCCACUUACUUCACCUCUUACAUCAACGAGGAGUUUAGCUUCACUAAAUUUAAGGAUCGUAAUGUGAUGAAGAGGCAUAUUGAUAACAUGGUGCAGCAAGUGGGCGGAACAUCCCAUCUUGAGUUCGCUUUGGAGUGGAUGGUUACUAAUGUUAUCAUUAACACACAAAGACCGCGCAAGAAACAGAUGCUUUUAACUGUUUUUGGUGAAGACUCUGAGCACUUGAACAAAGUUCAGCUUGAUUAUGUGUCUAAACUGUGUAAGUGCCAGAAUGUCAUUAUGUUUAUCAUCAUGGCGGGACAGAAAUUCAACUGGACCCAGUUGGAGGUGCUCACCAACUCUCCUCUGGAGCAGCGCCUGGUUUUUGUGGGUUCUGCCGUACAGAGAGAUCGAGAGUACGCCAAGCGUUUCAUUGAUGCCUUCCUGCAUAUGCUCAACAGAGAAAUCUUUCCACAGUCAAUGUCACCACCUCGUGAGUGUGCCGGUUUUGUUCCAAGGCCUGUUGAUUUUGCACAAUCCACCGAUAGAUUCGUCAUGCCCACCGUCCCCCCAACAGAUGGACCUCUGGAAGAAUAUGAAGAUGUUUAUGAUGUGCAAGACACAGAACCAUAUACAGAAACCAAUCAAAAUGAGAACACUGACCAUCGUACAGAAGCACACAUAGCGGAAAACUCUGAGCCUCCCAAGACUAAACAUGAAUCUGAAAAUCUUCCAAUGGAUGACCCCACAAUAGAUGAGGAUGUUUGCCAGCUUGACUAUGAUGCAGGAACCUGCUCCAACUUUUCAGUAAAAUGGUAUUUCAGCAUGUACAGUGGUGAAUGUGUGCAGUUCUGGUAUGGAGGCUGUGGAGGGAACAACAACCGUUUCAACACUCAAGACGACUGCGAGCUUCACUGUUUGAACACAAAAAAAAGCUCCUCCUAACAUGUCCAAACUGUGAUAUCCAAAGAAGAUCCAAUGAAUCUGCUUACCUACGCUUGCCAAUUUCCUAAUUCAAGAUUGUAUUCUCAGCCAUAGAGAGCAGCUGGUCAUUCUUGAGGUUUUAGCCAAAUUAAUUUGUACAGUUAAAGCUGAUGUGUGUACUGUUUGACAGUGUUAAAAUACUGUCUCAUAUCCUGGCUUAUUAUGCAGAGACAACAAUAAGUAAACCAUUUGUAGGUUAAUUUCUCUCAAACUGUAAACACUAUGGAGCUAUAAAGAUUCCUCUGUUUGUUUUAGUGGCCUGCCCAGCCUGACACAACAACAUCAGCUCAACGAAUGGCGUGUGUUGAGGGCGGGACUAUCUGUUUGUUUGAUCAACAGAAGAUGGGGGGCAUAUUCGAAUAAAGCAGUUUAAAGGAAGGUUUAUUUUUACAAUUCCAUUCAGCGGUGCAGAAAUUACACACUUCAGCUUUAAUUUUAAUGAAACUUUAGUUGUAAUCACAUUUUUAAUACUUGGAUUUCACUCCCUUGGGUUAGGUUGACAACAUGUUUUUGUUUUAUUGUUAAUACCCAUUUUCUUCAACUGCUAAAAGGAAUAAACAAACUAUGAAAAGAAGAA